GGCUGUGGCGGCGGCGGCGGUAGUGGUGGCGGCGGUGGUGGCGGCGCCCGGGAGGCAGCAGCAGCAACAGCAGCAGCCCUGAGGAGGGUGAGACGGCCGCCGUGGCGGCAGCUCGGAAGUCGGGCGGGACCGAGAGCUUCCCGACUGCCGCUGGCGCUGAGGUUUUUUGCCUUUUCUUAGCCUGCUUCCUCACGGCCCUGGCUAGGGCUGGGCAGCGCGCCCCCGGGGAGGGGCGGAGCUGUAGAUAUGGUGUAAGGUAUUUCUUCAAGACUGGACAGCUGAAGACCUGUUAUUUCUGAUUAGCCUUAAGCAGACUUAUAGCCACUGAGAAACCUCACAGAAUUUCAUAUUUUGCUUUCUGCUGUAUAUCUUUCUUGGCACCUACGUUCAACCUGCAACCAUGUAUGGAAGUGCUCGCUCAGUUGGGAAGGUGGAACCAAGCAACCAGAGCCCUGGGCGUUCACCUAGGCUUCCACGUUCCCCUCGCUUGGGUCAUCGUCGAACCAAUAGUACAGGAGGGAGUUCUGGAAGCAGUGUUGGAGGUGGCAGUGGGAAAACCCUUUCAAUGGAGAAUAUUCAAUCCUUAAAUGCUGCCUAUGCCACAUCUGGCCCUAUGUACCUAAGUGACCAUGAAAAUGUGGGUUCAGAAACACCUAAAAGCACCAUGACGCUUGGCCGUUCUGGGGGACGUCUGCCGUAUGGUGUCAGGAUGACUGCUAUGGGCAGUAGCCCCAAUAUAGCUAGCAGUGGGGUUGCUAGUGACACCAUAGCAUUUGGAGAACAUCACCUCCCUCCUGUGAGUAUGGCAUCUACUGUUCCUCACUCUCUUCGUCAGGCAAGAGAUAAUACAAUCAUGGAUCUGCAGACACAGCUGAAGGAAGUACUGAGAGAAAAUGAUCUCUUGCGGAAGGAUGUAGAAGUAAAGGAGAGCAAAUUAAGUUCUUCAAUGAAUAGCAUCAAGACUUUCUGGAGCCCAGAGCUGAAAAAAGAACGAGCCCUGAGAAAAGAUGAAGCUUCCAAAAUCACUAUUUGGAAGGAACAGUAUAGAGUUGUGCAGGAGGAAAACCAGCACAUGCAAAUGACAAUCCAGGCUCUCCAGGAUGAAUUGCGGAUCCAGAGGGACCUGAACCAGCUGUUUCAGCAAGAUAGUAGCAGUAGGACUGGUGAACCUUUCGUGGCAGAGCUGACAGAGGAGAACUUUCAGAGGUUACAUGCUGAGCAUGAGCGGCAGGCCAAAGAGCUGUUUCUUCUUCGAAAGACUUUGGAGGAAAUGGAGUUGCGUAUUGAGACUCAGAAGCAAACCCUAAAUGCUCGGGAUGAAUCCAUCAAGAAACUUCUGGAGAUGUUGCAGAGCAAAGGACUUUCUGCUAAGGCUACUGAAGAAGAUCAUGAGAGAACAAGACGACUGGCAGAGGCAGAGAUGCACGUCCACCACCUAGAAAGCCUUUUGGAGCAGAAGGAAAAAGAGAACAGUAUGUUGAGAGAGGAGAUGCAUCGGAGAUUUGAGAAUGCUCCUGAUUCUGCCAAAACAAAAGCUCUGCAAACUGUUAUUGAAAUGAAGGAUUCAAAAAUUUCCUCUAUGGAGCGUGGACUCCGAGACUUGGAAGAGGAAAUUCAGAUGCUGAAAUCAAAUGGAGCCUUGAGUACUGAAGAACGGGAGGAAGAAAUGAAACAAAUGGAGGUCUAUCGGAGCCAUUCUAAAUUUAUGAAAAAUAAGGUAGAACAACUGAAGGAGGAGCUAAGUUCGAAAGAGGCUCAAGGGGAGGAGCUGAAAAAGAGAGCGGCUGGUCUUCAGGCUGAGAUUGGUCAGGUGAAGCAGGAGCUGUCCAGAAAGGACACAGAACUACUAGCCCUACAGACAAAGCUAGAAACACUCACAAACCAGUUUUCAGACAGUAAGCAACACAUUGAAGUGCUGAAGGAGUCCUUGACUGCUAAAGAACAAAGGGCUGCCAUCCUACAGACCGAGGUGGAUGCUCUCCGAUUGCGUUUAGAAGAGAAGGAAACCAUGCUGAAUAAGAAGACAAAACAAAUUCAGGAUAUGGCCGAGGAGAAGGGGACACAAGCUGGAGAGAUACAUGACCUCAAGGACAUGCUGGAUGUGAAGGAGCGAAAGGUUAAUGUUCUUCAGAAGAAGAUUGAAAAUCUUCAAGAGCAACUUAGAGAUAAGGAAAAGCAAAUGAGCAGCUUGAAAGAACGAGUCAAAUCUUUGCAGGCUGACACUACCAACACCGACACUGCCUUGACAACUUUGGAAGAGGCCCUUGCAGAGAAAGAGCGGACAAUUGAACGCUUAAAGGAACAGCGGGACAGAGAUGAGCGAGAGAAGCAAGAGGAAAUUGAUAACUACAAAAAAGAUCUUAAAGACUUGAAAGAAAAAGUCAGCUUAUUGCAAGGCGACCUCUCAGAAAAAGAGGCUUCACUUUUGGAUCUGAAAGAGCAUGCUUCUUCCCUGGCUUCCUCAGGACUGAAAAAGGAUUCACGACUUAAGACACUGGAGAUUGCUUUAGAACAGAAGAAGGAGGAGUGUCUGAAAAUGGAAUCUCAGUUGAAAAAGGCACAUGAGGCAACAUUGGAAGCCAGAGCCAGUCCAGAGAUGAAUGACCGAAUACAGCAAUUGGAGAGAGAGACUGCCAGGUACAAAGAUGAAUCUAGCAAGGCCCAGGCAGAAGUUGACCGCCUCUUGGAAAUCUUGAAAGAAGUGGAAAAUGAGAAGAAUGACAAAGAUAAGAAGAUUGCAGAGUUGGAAAGUCUCACUUCAAGGCAAGUGAAAGACCAGAAUAAGAAGGUAGCAAAUCUGAAGCACAAGGAACAGGUGGAAAAGAAGAAGAGUGCACAGAUGCUUGAGGAGGCUCGACGGAGGGAGGAUAACCUCAAUGAUAGCUCCCAACAACUACAGGACAGUCUCCGUAAGAAGGAUGACAGGAUUGAAGAGCUGGAAGAAGCACUAAGAGAAAGUGUACAGAUAACUGCAGAGCGAGAAAUGGUGCUAGCACAAGAGGAGUCAGCCAGGACCAGUGCUGAAAAACAGGUGGAGGAGUUACUGAUGGCCAUGGAGAAAGUAAAGCAGGAACUGGAGUCCAUGAAAGCAAAGCUGUCCUCUACCCAACAGUCUCUGGCAGAAAAGGAAACUCAUUUGACCAAUCUUCGGGCGGAGAGAAGAAAACACUUAGAGGAAGUUCUGGAGAUGAAGCAAGAAGCUCUUCUGGCUGCCAUUAGUGAAAAAGAUGCCAACAUAGCUCUUCUGGAGCUUUCAUCCUCUAAGAAAAAGACCCAAGAGGAAGUGGCUGCACUGAAGCGGGAGAAGGAUCGUCUGGUACAGCAGCUCAAACAGCAGACACAAAAUAGAAUGAAGCUAAUGGCGGACAACUAUGAGGAUGACCGCUUCAUGUCCUCCCGUUCCAAUCAAACCAAUCACAAGCCCUCCCCAGACCAGAUCAUCCAGCCCCUCUUAGAACUUGACCAGAAUAGAAGCAAAUUAAAGUUGUAUAUUGGACACCUGACAGCCCUCUGCCAUGACCGAGACCCCCUGAUUCUUCGUGGACUCACUCCACCAGCUUCCUAUAACUUGGACGAUGACCAGGCAGCUUGGGAGAAUGAGCUGCAGAAGAUGACCCAGGAGCAGCUUCAGAAUGAGCUAGAAAAAGGUGAACGGGACAAUGCAGAACUGCAGGAGUUUGCCAAUGCCAUUCUCCAGCAGAUAGCAGAUCAUUGCCCCGACAUCCUGGAGCAAGUGGUCAACGCAUUGGAAGAGUCAUCCUGACCCUGCUUUAUGGGGAGUAGCCAGCCCAGCAGCCUGCUAUAGUAAAUCCAGGUGCCAAGAAAGAAGAACUGGACGGAACAGGCUCCCAGGAGCUUCUGGCACCCAGCAAACACUACAGACUGUAUCCCAUCUUGGUUGGUCCUUCAAGUAUGAUUCCAGCACCCUUUCUACAGCUCUCAUCUUAACUCUGCCUUUCUACUUUGGAUAUUGUCUCUACACUAAUUUUCUUGAUGUCCAGGGUAGGUAAGUGGCCAAGUUUCCAUGAAGAACUGCCAUCUGGUCAUCAACAGUGGAGGACUGUGGAAGCUGGUGGUUCUGCCCUUACAGUGGGACAUGGAGUAGGUAGCCUGUUUACCUUCUGUCCUUGACAUGAGAACUAAAUCUGGAAUCUCCUUGGAGUUCAACAUAUUGAAAGAAACUUCCCCAUGGACCAGAGAGCUGAGUGUUCUAAUAUCACAACAGGUGCUUUCUCCUAAAAGGGUUAAAAAAAAAAAUCUUAAAAAGAGAGAGGGGGAAAAGAGAGAACAGGGACAAAGAGAAACUGACUCUUCUUACUGUUUCUUUUGCUCACUUUCACAUGUAAUGUUUUAUGCAGGGGAGCUGCAAGCAGGCCUCAUGAGGGCUUAGUGAACACUAAUACCACAAGUUUGGAGUCUUCACCCAGUCCUGUUUGUCUCACUCAUCCUUGCUCUUCUCAACCAGUUAAUAAGAAGAUGGUGUGAACAGUUCUCCCCCGGUCCCUCUUGUUUAAGACCUUUGACCUUAUUAUACUUAAUCUGUCAGAUUAUACGUCUCAGUCUGAAAGAGAAGAGGGGUUUGACACGAACCUUGCCAUCAACCACCUGCUGCUCUGCUUCUGUAGAAGAUGACCGCUCCUUGGGCCCAGGCUGGUUUCUCCUAAACAUCUCCCUCAUCAGCAUUCUAGUCCCCUGAGCCCCUAAAGAAUGCUUCUGCCUUCCCACCAUCCAUGUUCUAUGUAUGCUCUUGCGGCCCAGCGGUUGCUGAAGUUUAUGACCCACCUUCUACCCUUUUAGCUUUACUCUUGAUGUGCACUCCCAUAACCAUAGCCUCGUGCAUUGUCUGGAACCUCCCUUCUGGCACAAAUGAAUGUUUCUCAUCCCACACACAUUCCUUCCUCCAUUCUUUCAUUCAAAUAGUAUGUAUGAAAUGCCUACUAUGUGCAAGUCACUGUUAGGUAUCCAUCCUUGAAAAAAAGUCUCUUUUUCGUGAGGGAGAAAUGUAAAGGACUCUGAGACAUACCUUGUUUGAGUCAAAGCAGUAAAAGGUAUACCUAUCCUCUCCCUACUCCUUCUGAGUAGAAGUUAUCUUUUUCAUAAAAAAAAUGUUUUACAGAUGAGCAUUUCUCACUAUAAUGUAAUUGAUGAGUUCAGGGGCAGGGAGCUGAGUCACUUACUUGCCUGCAGGAUCUUAUUUGGUGGUUCGGGAUUUUUAUUUGUCGUCGUUACCCUGCAAGAGUAUAGUGUUUAGGGGGGGCUGCAGUAGUAGAUAGUGUUUUCUUCACACAUCUGUGUACACCACAUGGAACUUGGCCAGCUCCAUGUUGUGGAUCAAAAAAAUUGACCCUAAAGUUGCAAAUCAAGUUGAAGGUAUUGGCAUUUUGAGGGGCAUUUUUCCCAGGCUUAGACAAUGACAGUCAUAAAUAAAUAAUCAGGCACCAAGAAAGAGACCACUUAACCCAAAUGUAGCCUUUAACCACCUCUCCAGCCAGACGCCCACCAGAUACUCACAUCUUCUGAUAAGAGUUGCUGGGCUUAAAUGCUUUUGUCUUGCAUUUUGUCCUUUCCCCCUCCCCAGUUACUCACCCAAAGAAUGAUGCUGCCUGUAAAGUCAUCACAAGCCUUCAGUCCAGUAUCUUCCCACCAGCAGCCCUUGACUGUCCCAUUAACUUAUAUGGUCAUAUCUCCAGCUGCCCUGAUUCCCUGCUGUAAAACAGCCUCUCCUAUGAGAAGCUGUAGACUGUUUCUUAUCGAAGGUUUAAGUGGACUCUGCUCAUAAACUUCUUACUGAGAUGCUUCCUGAUAGCCAGGCUGGCCAGAAGCAGGGGAAGUGGGAGAUGUAGGGGUAAGAUAGUAAGUGGUGGUCGUUUGUGGUCAAUCACCUCAAUUCCAUGUAUUUAUUGCACUGCCCAUAAAUCAUGUAGAUAGCCCCCAGUAUUUUCAGCCUGGUGUAUUAGCAUCUCACUUUAUCUACCAUAAUGCAAGGAACUGAGGUAUGAUAAUAGCCUUCACAGGACUACGGCAGAACAGAGAAGGCAGGAGAAGAGGCCAUCCACAAAGAAGUGGCCUGGUUCUGGCUGUUCUCUAGCAGCUUUGGCAAGGGAAGGCAUCAGCAGGUCUCCCUGGGUCCUGCUCAUUCUGUCUUUGCUGUCAAAUACAAUACCUGUCACUUUUGCCCACUUGGUGCAUGACUCUCACUGCACUUCCUUUCUUCCCCUUUUCAUUUCAAGCCUUCUUGUUGCUUCUUCUCCAAAACUUUAUUGAAGUCCUCUGGACAAACACUUCUAGUAAGAAAAAUAUCUGGGGCAAACAUUAUCUGCGUGGUCUCUGUGAACCGUAGCAGGGAUCUCCUUGAUUUCUCUUGGGUGGUCAUUCUAGCAUCUCAAAUGGUUCUGGGGACUGUUUGGUUCUAGAUGAAAGUAGGUUCUGGCUAAACUUUAGUAGUGAACAUGACCUGACUGUAUGUUAUAGGGACAAAAUUAAUACAGUGUCCAGCACUUAGAGUAUCUUCUUGAGUUGAGAUAACUCAUUGAGCCAACUUUUACUAAAUGCACUAUUCCCAUCACACAAAGACUUAUCAUUGCAUGACACUCUUCUGGUGUUCAUGGUUUCACUAGGUCACUCAACUGCUGCCGAAGGUCUAGAGCCUUGAAAGCUCACUGCACAUUGCCUAUUAUGUUCACCAAACUCAUCCAUUCCAUUGGCAAGUCUAGUUGCCCCUUAGCACCUAAAGAUCUGUACCCCAAAUCAAGGUCAUCACAAAAGGGGACAAGAUGAAGAAGAGUGAGUGGAAUCCAAUGUGGGGCUGAAGAAAUACAAUGUGAUUUUCUCAUCUUUUCAUAUACCUCUAUUCCAGGUACUCAUUGAGUUCUUGAUGAAGUAUCUGAAUUGAGAUUUACAAAGACUUGGAUACUAUUUGAAAUGGAAAAGAUUUUAAAUAGGCUUUAAUAUAUUAAGAAAUAUGAAUGGGAAUCCCUAAAUCCAUCUCAGCUCUAACCUUUAACCUAGUACCUUAUAACCUAACAAAGAUCGAAGUGCUUCUCUCUCUUCCUUACAGUUGGUCUUUAGAAAUAUUAGUGAAGCAAACUGGACCCAAGACUGCCUUUGGUGUCAGUAGUAGCAGUGGGACUUGACACCUUUUGUCAAUAAAAGUCUGUUUGGUUUUCCACGGGAGCUCAUUGGCUCACCCACUCCCCAGAGAGAAGAGGAAGUCAUUACAAAGUUUUAUUAGUCAUCCCUCCCCUGCGACAUUCAGGAUUGGCAUUUGGAUUUGCUGCUGAUCCCAGAACCAUCCUGCCCUCCCCUUUGACCCCAGCAGUGAAGCGUAGGCCCGCUGGCUCCCCUCUCGGGGGUUUUGAGGAAAGAGCAAAUCAAAGAAUAUGUUGUCGCAUCGAAUGUGACCCUCACGUGGCACUUCCUAAGUUACCAUGGGCCCUGUGUCAGCAAUAUCAGUAACUCCCACGUCUGCCUCCCCAGCCUCAUGUCCCUCCUGCAGGAGUUCAGAACUGGAGAAGCAGGUAAGGAGACAGUAGAUGUGGUGUGGAUGCUACCCUUUGCAAGCCUGCAAGGCCGACCCCUCCAUCACUGCCAGUCCCUGGGCUUCUCAGAACAGCGACUUGAACUGGUCAAAGACAUGUUCUAAAAAGAAUCUGGCAUUUUCCCCAUGCGGACUAGGGGAAUGUUUGGGCAAACACACACACACACAUUACAGGGAAAUCCUUCUGAACAAAAUGGCUGUCUUUAUUUACUCUUUUUAAGCAAAAACUGUUUCCAAACUUUUUAGUGUCAAAACUGUAACCAAGCGUCUCCUGAUUUCUUCCAACGUGUUUGGUGAGUGCUGUGACCCUAUUGUAGGUAUUUCUUCUGACUCUUUUGGGGGAAAGGUGGUUUUAGGGAUUGAUUUGGGGGGAGCGGAUUUUUGUCCCAUCCCACCUCCUCUUUGUUUCUCUGCUUGUCGAUAUUGUCUGUGUGGCUCAGAGCACUGGGGCAGUUACAUUGUGUCCAUUGUUGAGAUUAUUAAGAUAUUAAAAAGUAGUUUGUAGAACUGAAAAGUUAAAGAGCUGUGUUUUUAAAAAUGCAAAAUGAUAUCAUGUUAAUAAAGGAAUUCAAGCUAUGGGGCAGCCCAACUCCUCCCCCUCCUCCCAAGUUGGCUUAGGUGGCACCUGGGCUAGCCACUUGGGAAACACGAUGACCACACUCUAGGUAGGGGACUGCCUGAGUGAAAGAGACAACUGCUGCGUAAAAGGAAUUGGAAUCUGGGGCUCAGAGAGUCCCCACUGUGCCAGAGAUUUCCUAUACAUCCUCAGGACCCCUGGGUAGAGGUUUCAAAUUUUGUGACCCCAUAACCACCCUCAAACCCACAUUGGUCCCAGCUCAGUGUGCCUAAUACUGUGUGGUAACCUAGGCUUGACUCGGAAGCGCCACACCCGGCAGCCCUGUACAGGCCACAGAACCUCUUUCCUGCCCACUUGGUGCUAUAUCAUCCAGUGACUCAUCCACUAUGGGCCAAGCAGUGGCCAGCCUGGAGCCUGCAAUCCAGGUGAAUGAAUUGUACUCAGAUCUCAGUUCCUUCUGGCUUCAGUCCCUAGAUUCCUUCCCUUUAAGCUUUUUAGACCCUACAUCUCCCAGGCCCAGGCUGUCUCUCUUGGCCCUAGAGAUGCCCUGAUCAGGAAAGGACAGGAACCCUGCUGAAGCCAGAGAAUUCGCCCCGGGCCAGAACAAGCGCUCUGAGCCCAGCCCUUCUUUCCACACCGCACCAGUAUUGCAUUCACGCUCCAAUGCAGCCAGACCUACCUGAGGGCAACACACCAUCCGUUCUGGCCUGUCUGCCCACGCAGGACUAGCCGACUAGCCCAGGAACCUGCUGAGCACACCGGGAUGUCCAGGAUGGGGACUCGGGGGUCUCCCUGGGACUCGCCCCCUCUGCUUUGGAAGAGGGGAGCUGCACUUUAGUGAGGAGCUGAGGAGCACUGGGCACUGACUCCUAGCUUGAGUUCCUUUUGGUGACAGUAGCAGCCGCAAUGAUGGUGUCUGUGAUGCAGAUGCACCUGCUGCCUUCAACUGUGUGUGUGUGUGCGUGCGUGCGUGUGUGUUUGCGUGUGUGUGUGUGUGAUGGCCAGAGUCAUGUUACUGACAGGAUAAUGACAUUACAAAGAAAUUGUGUUAUAGUCAACUUUGCCUUGAUAAUUAUUGUAAACACUUUGUCCAUUUUUUCUUUUUUAUUCACAAACUAAAUCCAUCAGGAAAUUAUAAAGUUAUUUAAAAAUUG